UCACAAUUUACGUCUUGUGGAUAUAUCGUGCCGGUUUAUAAUUAGUUCUCGUAUCUACUAUUGAUUUUGAUCAUAAAUAAGACUUCGUAUCCAGAAACAAACCUUAUACCUUGGGAACAAUGGCAGACAAUGUUGAUUCUAAGCCCAAGGAUGAGAUUGUGACUCCUGAGAAAGACGGUGAGAGGUGCGAGGAGGCAUCGCCGCCGCCUCCGCCCACGCCACCAGCCGCAGAAGAGGACACUCAAGAAAUCAUUGUCGUGAACGAACUCACGAAGGAACUCGACUUGAACCAUGGUAGGAUUGGGAAAAUUGAAAAUCUUGAGGACUUACGACGGUUAGAAAGGCUGUACCUGCGCUGGAACCUGAUAAAGAAGAUAGAAGGACUCACCAACUUGACGACCCUGGUGGAGCUAGAGCUAUACGACAAUCAGAUCACAGUCAUGGAGAACAUGGAGACACUUGUCAACCUCGAAUUACUAGAUCUAUCCUUCAACCGUAUCAAAGAGAUCCAAGGCCUGGACAACCUCACGAAGCUGACGAAACUCUACCUCAGUUCCAACAAGAUCACGGAAAUCAAGAAUGUAAACCACCUUGUACGGCUCGAGAUGUUGGAGCUGGGAGACAACCGUAUCAGGGAAAUAAAAAACCUCGACGGCCUAGUCAACCUCCGUCAGCUCUACCUCGGCAAGAACAAAAUCACCAAAGUCCAAGGGCUCGAGUCCUUCGCCGAGCUCUCGAUUCUCGUCCUCCAAAGCAACAGGAUCACCAAAAUGGAGAACCUUGAACCUCUGGUGAACUUGGACCAAUUGUAUUUGUCAGAGAAUGGCAUUGAGAAAAUCGAGGGGUUGGAGAAUUUGAGCAACUUACAGACGCUGGAUUUGGCGCAGAAUAGACUGACGUCUAUCGAUAAUUUGACGCAUAUGAUCGAGCUUGAGGAGUUGUGGCUAAACGAUAACCAGAUCAGCGACUGGGCAGACGUGGAACGUCUCCGGCCCAACAACAAACUGAUCACCAUAUACUUGGAACGCAACCCCGUGGCCUCGGACCCUGCCUACCGACGCAAGUUGAAGCUGAUAAUACCCAGUCUGCAUCAGAUCGACGCCACUUUAUGUAGAUAAGCCCAUUUUUGUUAUAUAAUCCCAAUCAUGAUACUUGAAACGCAACCCCAUUGCCUCCGACGCAAGUAGCUGAAAGUACCCAGUCUGCAUCAAAUCGAUGCCACUUUAGGUAGAUAAGCCCACUCUUGUUUUGUAACCCCAAUCAUGAUAUACUUGAAACGCAACCCCAUUGAAUAUCGACGCAAGUUGAAGCCGAUCAUACCCAGCUUGAACAAGAUUGACGAUACAGUAUGUAGAUAAGCGCACACUUGGCAAGUAAUCCCAAACCCCAAAAAUACUUUUGCCACAACCCCGUGGCUUCUAACCAUCCUCGGUCUACGCCAGACCUCGCAUAUAAAUGUAUACUAGCUACUUAGUUUACUUAAUCUCAACAUACUUAAAGCGCAACCUUACCGUAGCUAUUUAAAAUCAACCCCAGUCUGUAUCUGACGGAUGCUAUCUUAUGUAGAUAAUGUAGACAACUAUAGGUACUAAGUAACCCUCUAACACUUAAAGCGCAAUCCCACGGCGUCUGUCCCAACCCCAACUUAAUUAGCCGGGUCCACACAGAGCGAGGCACGCCGCGCGGCAAUGUGCUCAUGCGGCAAACGUUCAAUGUAGACGUGCCUCGCCCGAGGCAAAAAUAAAAAUAUCUGCAAUCAAAUGUCUGCAAUCGAAGCCUAGUGGCAUCGAUUGCAGACGUUUCUGCUAAUCAGAAGUUAAAAAUUUAGCAUGGUUAGCGCAUCGUAACUGGUGAAUUUCCAAUAUGACU